AGUAAUGAUCAUUUUCUGUUGUUUUUUUUUUUUUUUUUUUUUUUUUUUUUUUGCAAAAGUCGUCUAUAUAAAGUAGAUGUCUUUGUAGGUACGAUCCCCAUAUUGUCAAGAUAAGAAUGAGGCUAGAAAGGGACAUACUAUGUGUUCAGGUGGAAUAUCCCAGCAUCUUAUGAAUGACACAGCGAGAAAAUUGAUUGAAGACCUGCAUAACGAUCUACGCUCAAGUGUGUAUCCUCCAGCUGCAAAUAUGAUGCUCAUGCAAUACAACAAAGUUUUGGAAAAGGAAGCACAAAUAUGGGCAGAGCAAUGCCAAUCGUCUCAUGAUAAACCAGAGUUAAGGUUUCUCGCAGGUAGAUUUUCCGUCGGACAAAAUAUUGCCUACUCUUCUGUAUACAACUGGACAAAUGCUUUCGAGCAAUGGAAAGGGGAGAACGGUUCGUUUAAAUAUGGAGGCCCAAACAAUAUUUCAGCUGUGAGGAACCUCGUGCAGAUGAUGAAUGCAGAGACAAGCCUACUGGGAUGUGGGGUGAGCAAGUGUGGUUCGAAUUAUUCCUAUGUCUGCAAUUAUGCACCGCUGAUGAACGAUAGUAAUGUUGAUACGCCCUACCUUAAGUCAGCGUCGGAUAACUGGUGCGAUUCCUGCUCAAGCAGUUGUGAUAACGUAACGUCUCAUUUAUGCGACUGCUUUGGAAAGUUUUGUAUAAAUGGCGGAAAGAUGGAUCUACAAACGUGCACUUGUAAUUGCAUCAAAGAAGUAAAAACUUAUGACCCUGAACACUGCGUUUUAAGGUGUGACAACAAAGGUGAUGACCCUGGUUGUGACAAACUACAGUAUCAGAAGUCAACUUGUAGAAGUAAUCCCGAGACUGCAUUUCACUGCCCUUGGAUGUGCGAUAUAUGUCCAUAUGCUGGAAUAAAUUAUACGGGUGAAGGUGUUGCCCUGUUGCCUUGGGAGAAAGGUCUUCCAUAUUGCACAAAUGGUACAAAUGCUUCAAUAUCUUUAACCGCGUCACAGCCAUCUGCCGUCACGACAUCAACCACGAACACAAACAGAAACAAUUCAGCUCUUCACCACAAUGGUGGAUCUUCUCACAAUGGCGCAAUAGUUGCUGCAUACAUGAAUGUGAUUCUCCUGUUUUUAUAUUCUACAGUACAGUUCCUGAAUGCCUGCCAAUAGACAUGUUAAAUAUGCGGCUAAAUGACAUCUGUAACGAUGCACUAGCCAGAUAUAAUGACUAAAUUGCAAAUGUGCUGUGAUAUAUCUGACUUACAACCCCUUUUACUCCUUAUUUUAUGUUAAUUUUGUUAUUAGCCUAUUUCUAAACUGCAGGAAUGAUUCUGUGACAAUAAACAGCGUCGUUGUACGUUUCGAUGUAGCCAAAAGUGAUAAAAAUAUGCGAAUCUGUUUAGAAUUAAAAGCCUUACAGAACUUUCA